AUGGCUGCGCUGCGCUCUCCCACACCCGCAUCUCGCGAUGCUACUCCAGAGCUGCUGACGCCGCGGUCGAAAAUCAGGGCGCUGCUUGCGACUGUGGGCGACAGCGACGAUGAGGACGCGAGUCAGAUUAGAGUCCUCAAGCCAGAUUCGCCCAGGAACACCGCAGUUGCCCAGCGAAAGGCCGAUGGAUCGGAUUCGGAUGCAGACUCGGAUUCAGAUGUCCAGAUACGGCCACGGGGAAAGCUGGCUUCUCGGAUGCAGGGCCCUUUGGACAUGGUCAACAAGCCAGAGACUACGAGGAACGGCGAGACUGCGAGAGAUCGCGUGAAGCGGAUGCUGGAGCAAGAAAAAGAAAAGUCUGGAGAGGUGGAUACGGAGAUGGCAGACGCCGAUGACGCUGAGAAGGAGGGCCGUGACAAUGGCGAUGACGAAGAUGAGGACCUACCCGUUGCACCACGAAGAUUGCAGCGCCGUGCUGCUGGAGACAGCGCCACGGAUGCCCCAGCCAGAUCGCCCAGCCCCGGGCUCUUCGUUUCUUCGCCAGUACGCCCGUCACCUGCAAAGGCACCGCAGGCGCAGUCAGAAUCCGACGAUGACCUGCCGCCCGUCAAAUCAGACCGCUUCAAGGCCCUGGUGGAGCGAAAGCGACAGGAGCGUCUCGCCAAAGAGGCCGAAGAAGAAGCACGAAAAGCAGAGCGCCGGGCUCUGCAAGAGAAGCUGGCAUCUGAGCUCGAGGAGCUAGAUUCUGGCGAUGACGACGCAGGCAGUAUAACGGACGAUGAAGGGGGUCGCCGGUUGACUCAGGAAGCCCGUCCGACGAGGAAAGCGAGCAAGAAGGCGCUCGAAGAGAUGAACCGCGAGACGCAGCGAAUGGCCAGAAACAUGCAGCUCGCCCACGAGGCCAGGACGCGGAAGAAGCUGUCGAAAGCAACUCUGUUCGAGCGUUUUAACUUCAGGCCAGACGGAGAGGCGCCGCCGGUAGAGCUUCCGGCAAACAGCUCCAGCAGGCCGGUGUCGCCGCCAACCGAUGCGGACGCGAAUAAAGACACGCCGCCCAGCUCGCCACCUGUUGGGGAGAAGCAGGAUGCGGCUCAAGCCGAGGAGAACGCAUCUGCAGACCCAGAUGUUUCAAUGACAGACUCGAGGGCGGAAGAUGGGCAGCCCUCGGGUCCUACGCGUCUAGACAAGGGCAAGGGACCAGCUAUCGAUGUUGAAGAACCGAGCAAGCCUGUCCAAGCUAAGCGAAGGGUGCGGGUGAGAGUGCCGAUUCCAACAAAAGCUGGCACAGCAGACUCGGACGACGAACUGGAGAUUACAACCACGUCCAAAGAUAGAGUAAAUGCUGUCUUUGACAGCAUUCCCUUCCGACAAGCGCAAGAGUCACACUCGAUACUGGCCCUGCGGGCCUUGGCUCAUGUCACGUCUCCCGGCAAAGAGAAGAAGCGCAAGAAUGAGCGCGAUGGAAUGACUCCCGCCGAGUUUCAGGCUUCUCUACUGCAAAAGGCGAGGGAGCAAGCCAGGCUCGAGCGGGAGCGAAGGCUUGAAAUGCUCAAGGCUCAGGGUGUUGUCAUUCAAACUUCGGAGGAACGCGAACGGCAGAUGCAGGAAGUGGAGGACAUCCUUGCCAAGGCUAGGGAGGAGGCUCAGCGAAUCAAGGAGGAGGAAGUGGCAGCUGAGAAGAAGGAAAGGAAAGAGAAUGGCGAAGCAGACCCUCUGGCUUGGGAUGAUAGUGAUGACGAGGAGUACGUCGGUGAUGAUGCCGACGAGGUGGUCUCUGCCGUGGAGCUUUCAGGGUCUGAUGAAGAAGACGAAGAGGGCGAUGAGGAAGAAGACGAGGAGGAAGCGGAAGACGUCGUUGCAGGCACAGCCCUUUUUGAGGCUGAAGCGGAAGAUGCGCAAUCCGAGACCUCGGAAGGCCUCCCCAAGCUUCGUAACGAGGAGGCAGAAGAUGAGGAUGACGACGAUGUCAUCGAAAAAGCAACCCCCUUGAAGAGGAGGCGGCCACGGAACAAGACUGCCAUUCUCUCUGAUGACGAAGCUGAUCCCGUGGAUGCUACUCCAAAGUCGAAGAAGACUCCCAUCAACUCGUCCUUCGUGUCACCUGCGGCGCCUACGUCUGUGUUACGAUCCGCCAAGAAGACAUUUAUUCCUGGGCUUCCUGUGCAGGGACCUGCCGGGCUUAGCCUUACCCAGAUAUUCGCAGGGACCAUGGACGACAACCAGAGAAGCCAGUUCAACGAACCGACGCAAUCAAUGAUGCCCGACUUUGAUAACUUUCCCGAUUCCAACUUCUCAGCUACCAUGGAAGACAACGCGGACGAUAUGGUGCUCGACUCCCAACGGGAGGAAACCCAAGCGGAGACUCAAGCUGUUCAGCUGAACCUCGCACAGACGCAGAUGCAUGGGCUGGACAGCCUGCUGAGGGAUGACAUGAACUCCCAAAUCUCGGAGAUGAUUGAGCCCUCGCAGGAUGGAGGUCUCCAGCGAUACACGCCGCUGAAGUCGAGAUUCGUCGAACCUCCCACGUCGACCGUGGAGACCAUAUCACUGGACCAAAACGGCGAGGCAAUUCAGAGUUCUCCGCUUGUGCGCAAGGGACGGCUUCGUCGAAAGAUGGAGAUGGUAUCCCUUGAUGAUGAGGAUGCCAUUCCUAUGAGCGGCGAGAAGAAGACGGAGGCAGAGGCAUCAUCAAAGACUGCAUUCAACGUGUUAAAGGACGCCGCUGCCGCAGAGAAGAAGAAAAAGCUCAUUGAUGAGUUUAACAAGAAGAAGAGCAAGGCGAAGGAGAUGGUGGAGGAGCAGGCCGAGGAAUCCGAGGAUGAGUACGCUGGACUUGGCGGAGCGGACGGCGAAGCCAGCGAUGACGAGUCUGAUGCCUCUGUACAAGACAUUAUAGAUGAUGGGGCCGGGAAUGACGUGGAUGAGCGCAAGCUGGCCGCAUUCUAUGCUGACCGGGAGCGGAUCAAUGACGAGAAGGAAGUGGAAAAGCUGUACAAGGACAUCACAUCAGGCAUGCUCCGUCGCAAGCGUGGAGCCGACUAUGACUUGUCCGACUCGGACGACGACGGCGAAGCCCGUCGGAGAAUGAAGCGACGGCAGUUUGCCAAGAUGCAAAAGGCCUUGUUUGCUGAUGAGCGGAUCAAGAAGAUUGCCGAAAACCCGGGCAACCAGGCCUUCCUACGCACCAUUGAGGACCGUGGCAGCGACGACGAAAUGGACUUUUUGGAGAUUACAGACGCGCCGCCGGCCUUGCAGUCGGAAGAGUCCCAGUCGCAGAGCGAAAGUUCUGAGCAGCAACAGCAGCAGCAGCCGCGGACAAUUCCCGAUAGCCAGCCGCGCAAACCACUUGGAAGUGCUGGCGAUAAUCGGCCCCCGGCGCAUAUGAGGAGAACCAAGGACGGCAAGAAACCUUCCAACAUUGGAGAGGUUCGUGAGACACUGUCUGAUCUGUUGGAAGACGGACGGCACAGCUCUGUUAUCCCUGCCACCGAAGUCGGCUCAGACAGCGAGGAUGAAGAAGAAGCAGGCCGACCUGCGUCUCGAGGCAACAAGGAAAACAAGUCUCCCGCAUCCCGUCGGACCAGGAACGUCGUGGUCGACCGCAUCAGCCUCAAGCGCAACGCAUCCUCCAACAUGUCCUCCACCGGCCGCCUUGCCUUUACCACGUCGGGAAGCUCGUCGUUUAGGGUUCCUGGCUCACUUCUGCGCCGCGCAACAACCAACUCGUCGCUGCUUUCCACGGCCAGCACGACGUCGUCAUCGUCCACAACGACGACGGCGGUCGGCUCUGGCAGCGGGUUCGGCGAGGAGGCCAAGAUCAAGAAGGGCGCGGGCAAGAAGAGCGGCAUCAACGGCUUCGCGAGGGACAACGAGAAGCUGGCGAGGAUGCAGGAGAACGAGCGGAGGAGGCAGGAGAAGAAGCUCUUGUGCGGUCCAUCCAAGCUGAUAUUUUGA